AGGCUCUCUUCCCGAUCUCAAUGCUGUCUGCAAUCCGGCGUGCGCUGGGGCAAACAGCCCCACGGGCGUGCCGCAGGCUGUCCACAGCGAUCACGGCGGAGCCGUUGGUUGGAUCGUCCUUGGCUGUUGACGUUGCGGAGUCGUCGACUCAGGUCCUCAAGAAUGCGCUGCAAACAACUCGGGUGGCAUCACCGUCGGGUGUAGUCAACCCUCUCGCGUUGCCUGUAUACUUGACUAUGUCGUCCCUCAUUCGGCCUUCUGAAGACGCUCCGCUGUCGUCCGAGAACGUCGUGGAACUCGACCCGACCGUCUUUGCUCAUCCCAUACGACGAGACAUCUUGCAUCUGUGCGUCGUCCAUUACUUGGAUUCCCUUCGGCAAGGGACAGCAUCUACCAAGACGCGAGGCGAGGUGCGCGGUUCCGGGCGCAAAAUCCGACCUCAGAAAGGGACAGGUCAAGCUCGACUGGGUGACGGACAGAGUCCGAUGCUCCGAGGUGGAGGUGUCGCGUUUGGACCGAAGCCUCGAGACUUCGCAACGAAGCUCAACAGGAAGGUCAUCCAGAUGGGCAUGCGCGUCGCACUGAGCGCACGUGUAAAGGAGAACUCCCUCGGUAUCGUGGAGAGCCUAGACUGGCCCUCAGGGAAGACCAAUGACCUUGCGAAGCGGAUCGACGAGCUUGGAUGGAGGAAGACACUGUUUGUGUCUGGACUUGAUACGAUGCCGGAGGGGCUCAGGAAGGCGAGCAGCAACAUUCCCAGGGUGGCGACUGCGUCUGCGAAGGAUGUGAACGUGUACGACGUGGUCAAGUGGGAGAGGGUGAUCCUUGACUUGGCCGCUGUCGAGUGGUUCGAGCGUAUGCUCAGUAAAACCGUUGCCCAGGCUCCCCCGCGGGCAUACGAUGUAUGAGCUCCCUCAUUAGGUGUAGAGGUCAUAUUUGGGAUAUGAUUUACAGCACAUCAUAAUUUUUUUCUGCUACCAAUUACUUGCACUUGCCUCCA